AAACAUUACAUCGUAAAAUAAAAUUGAGGAACUUUGUAAAACGUAUGCAUUUAAACCAAGGUAUAUCAAUAAAGACCAUCAUAAUUGCAAGACCGUGGAAGACAUUCGUAUGAGUAUAUCGCGGCCCUCUGUUUGGUCUGAGUGCACAUGAUUUUAUGACUUCGCACUUUGAAUUGAAAAUAAGAUAAACAAUCAUGAAUCAAAACGUGAACUGUACAAAAUCUAUACAUUAUCUUAUGUCAUUAUAUAAAUAAAUGAUAACAACCCAAAAUAUCAUGUGAUACAUAUUGAUUGAAGGUUUUGGCCAAAGUGACACCAAAAAGUGCAGGGGAUAGAAAAAAACAUGGCCGGCUCAGACAGUGAUGGUUCACCGAGCUAUCGAUCCAGGAAAUACUCUCAAUCCUCUUCUGAUGAUUCUAACUACAGAAGUCAAAGGUCACCAAAAAGGAAACGUUCAAGGUCAUAUUCGAAGUCACCAGACAGAAAUGGAAAGAACAUAUCAAACAGUGGUGAAAGAUUCAGAGACAGUACUUCUUCAGAUAGUAGGUCAAAGUCAAGGUCACCAAUGUGUCAUAGAAAAGAAUUUGCAGGUUCUCUUGAACGAGACUCAAAAAUCAUGGACAGAAACACUAAAAUCAGAGACAGAUCUUAUACUAGGUCAAGGAGUAGAUCACCUAUAGCCAGAAAUAGGUCACCUGUUCAAAGAACUAGGUCGCCUGUUGAAAGAAAUAGGUCGCCUUUCCAAAGAAAUAGGUUGCCUGAUCAAAGAACUAGGUCACCUGUUCAAAGAAAUAGGUCGCCUGUUCAAAGAAAUAGGUCACCUGUUCAAAGAAAUAGGUCACCAGCUUGGAAUGACAGGACAAGGUUACCAAUACAGAAAGGACGUGAGUCAAAUGAAGAUCAUGUGGGGAGAAGCAAUAAUGAAAAAGGGUAUGGUGGGAGACAUAAAGACAGGGAGUUGCAGUAUGACGUUUUUGAAAGGCGGAGGACAGACAGAGAGAGGAUUUGUUCACUGGGAGCCCCUGAAGUCUGGGGCAGAUCACCCUCGCCACAACACUCAGAAUCUGACGAUUCAGAAGACUCAGAUGAAAGUGAGGACGCCUCAGGGACUGCUUCCAGCUCAGAAGAAGAACGAAGGAAAAAGAAAAAAAAGAAGAAGAAGUCAUCAAAGAAAAAGAAGCACAAAAAGCACAGUAAAAAGGGAAAGAAGUCCAAGCACAAGUCUAAGAAGCGAAAGCAAAAAAAGAAGGCUGAGGAGUCUGACUCGGAGAGCAAAGAUUCGGAGGUCGAAGAAGACCAGUGGGUGGAGGUCGUGAAAAAACCCGAACCCGAAGUGGCAACACAGCAGAUGGCAGCGCACUCUGAUGACGACGCGGAAGAUGAGUUUGGUCCAAAGCCUUUCGUUCCCACUGCACCUGGAUUAACCCAGAAAGAUUUCGGCCAUGCGCUGUUGCCAGGUGAAGGUGCGGCCAUGGCGGCCUACAUUGCAGAAGGCAAACGUAUCCCCCGCAGAGGAGAGAUCGGUCUCACGCCUGAUGAGAUUACGCAAUACGAGGACCAGGGAUUCGUGAUGAGCGGUAGCAGGCAUCGUCGAAUGGAGGCCGUGCGUCUGCGCAAGGAAAAUCAGAUCUACAGCGCGGACGAGAAGCGGGCCCUGGCAAACUUCAACCACGAGGAACGCACGAAACGCGAGACCAAGAUCCUCUCCCAACUGAGGGAGAUGGUCCGCAAGAAAAUGGACGCUCGCAAAUGAGUGUUAGACAUGGGAGCCUGCUCUGAGGAAACGGGCUGUAUGCAUGUCGUAAAGUGUCGUCCCAGAUAAGCCUGUGCAGUCCACACAGUCUUAUCAGAGACAACACUUUCCACUUCUAUGGUAAUUUCUGUUUUAAGGAAGUCUAUAAUUGCUUCAAUUAUGCAGUUUAGGAGGAAAAUAUUGUCCCUGAUAAGCCAGUGCAGACUUCAUGAUGCGGAUAUGCGUUUUAUCCCGAUUUCCGAAAGCGAGGCUCCGUGGAAUUGUGGAAUUCAUGACUCAGGAUUGAGCUGUUCGACUGUUUGUAUGCAUUCAAGUUACCUAUAGGAGGGUAUAUGAUGAAGUAUUGAGGUUCAGAAAUAAGAAUUAAAUGUGGAAUUGUGGAGUUGUGACUCAAGAUUGAGCUUGUGAACUUUUUGUAUGCAUUAAAGAAGGGAUUUAGCUAGACAAAAAAAAGGCAGGGCGGGAGCUUAAAUUGGCAGGGUGACCUCUUUGGUGUAAUUAUGCUCUUUCCACUUAUGAACUUACGUUCAAUCACCCUUUCAGCAUAAUGCCAUCAGGUUUAUUUUUAUUAGCUCAUCUAUUUUUUGAAAAAAAAUUAUGAGCUAUUGUCAUCACCUUGGCGUUUCGAUCCACUUUACUUCUUAAGUAUCAAGGCUAUUGCUUUCAAACUUCAAAAGCAUGUGUACUAUUAAUAAUCAAGGAUUAUGUUCGUUCAACUCCUCACAACUUGGUGAAACUCACUUAACCCUUACCCACUCAGUGGCAAAGUGAAUAUGGCUAUUUGCAAACAGCAUAAAACCAGAACAGCCUGCAAGUAACAGGCACUCUGUUCAGAUUUUAUGCUGUCUGCUGCUCAUCAGUACCUAAGCUUUGGAGAUGAAGCCAUAAAACCUUGAAUAUAGUAAGAAAGGUCUUAAAUUAAAUAUAACUUUAUAAGGGACUACAAAUGCUUAAAAUACGUAUCUAAGUGGUAAAGGGUCUAGAUUCAAUUUUUGGCUUUGACGAGUUUUGACAGAGUGGUGGCCAAUUGCUUGUUUUAAAUUUAUGGAAUGUAAUAUGCUAUUAAAUUUUCUUGUUAACAACUCCUCUUUAACUGCUCGGCUGAUUACCGAAAAUUGUCAACGCUGGAUGAUCUAUAUAGGAGCUUUUCAUAGAUUUUGGAAUGUAUUGAAGUUUGUCAUUAGAUGCUUUAAAUUUAUUAAUUUAAACAUUACAACUAAAAAGCUCCAGUAAAAAAAAUAAUAAAAUAUAAACGGCUUGAAACACUGACCUUUGGAGUAAAAGUCUAGCACCUAAAGCACAUGGCUCGAUGCUCAUUAAAAAUAUAAAAUGUAACAAUAACAACAGAACUUGCCAAAUUACUCAAUUGAUUUGCUUUUGUAACGCUUUAUUAUUUUCAGGUUUUUAAAUCGUCUUAAGAUGCAUAUAACAUAUAUUUUAGAGCAUAGUAAAUGUUCGGUAUGACUGUUUCAUUGCAAAUAUCAUUACUUCACCGAAAAUGUGCAAAUCUGAAACAAUUUUGUCUAUUUACCAAGUCGUGUUGAUGAUCUUUUGGAUAGCAAUUUUUGCUGCAAUCAGUUUUGGCUGUAUUAUUACCCCUUGUUCUGAUUUUUCUCUUUAAAAUAUAUAGUCCCCCUAAUUUUGUGUACUAAACUCCACUUGAACUGCUUGGAGGAGGAUUUUAUUCAUUUUUUUAGCUGAAUUACCUACAUAUAUAUGAAGAUGAUUGUAAAGGAAAGAAUUUUGGCUGCAACGAUAUCGAGCCCUUUGCUUUUUGUCCACUGAAGAAUAUAUACAUGUAUAGUGGAUUUGUUUGUGUCCAAACAUUAGACAUUUAAACAUUUUUCAAUAUAAAUCAUUAAAAAAUUG